AAAUGCCAAUUUGAUUAUAUUUCCAACUGGUGUCAAUUUUUGUAUUAUAAAGUGAUGUGUGAUGAAAAUGACUCGUUCAAAUUAAUUCAUCAAAAUAAAUUGAAUAAGUGCACCGGAUAAUUUCUCUUUAUUUAAUUUAGUUCAUCUGCGUCUACUAGAGAAUCUACUAACAAAAAUACUUGCCGUUUUGUUUAUUAUUUGAAAAUUUAUUUUAUUAUAAUAAUAAUAGUGUUAUCUUAUCACUUUAAAAUUCAUUGUUAGAAUGGAAAACACCGGAAUGUAACUACAAUAUUCAGUAAGAAGGCAUGUACCCAUGUAAUUAUUGGAGAAAAUGAAGAAUACAAAGACUGCCACUUUCUUUGUUUUCUUGUUUAUAACAGCGGUUUUUGGGGAACAAAAAUGUAACUUUGAAGACUUAACACAAGAAAAUUGUGGGGAUCAUGAGUGGUGCGUACAAGAAACAAACUUAUGUGAAUGUAUAACAAACUAUGAAAAAAAAAAUAACAUUUGCGUUCCUGUGACUACACAUGAUCCAACAUCAUCAAAUUACUCCAAUUUGGUGCAUCAUCAAGGUAGUGGAUCUAUAGUAGCUGGUAUUUUAAUUCCAUUAUUUUUAAUUGUUUUCAUAAUGUGCGGGGUAUAUGUCACAAGAAAGUACCACCUUGUAUCUUGGCUUAGGAAUAAGUUUCAUAGAAGAAACGAAAAUUACGACGAGUUUAUGAUAGGGCAAGAUGACGAUGACGAACCUCUUAGUUAAAUGUUGCUUGUUAUAGCUUUUUGUUGUAUUUAGUUCAAUUUUUCCAAUUUUCAAAGAACAGGCUCGGAACAAAGAAAAUUAUAGUUAUUUUACUAGGCAUAUGAGUUUGUUUUGAGAAUGGAGUCAAGAAAAAAUGAAAUUUUAUUAAUGGUUUUCAUUAAUUAUAGCAUUAGACAUAUAUUGAACUCAUAUUAAAUUUGCUAUGUCAAAUAAUAACUGUUUCUCUUUAUAAAAAAUGUUUUUAUUGUUCUUUUAGUGCAAAAAAUAGGCUGUAGUAUGAAAUAUCUCAUUUUCGGCACCUAACCUAACCAUUUACCAUGAUUUACCGUUGACAUAGGCACUUUCAAAAUCGGAUUCGGCGUAAAUUGUGUGCCAUUGCGUUGAUAAAUAUAAUAAAAGUCUGUCGGACCCCCCUAACCUAACCAAAGGAUAAAUAUUUCAUAUAGGUCAUCAAAUGUACAUUUUGUACCUUGUCAUGCCGCUACUAAUAUUACAACUUUCUGUAGUCAUAAAAAAUUAUUUAGAAAAGCAUAAGGUUUAUAAAAUGUGUUUAAAUAAGAACAUCCUGUGUAUAAUUAUUUAUUGCAAUGUUUUGGCCAAAUUUAAGACACUCAUAUGCCCUUGACCGACACCUAACGAAGCCCUGUAUUUUUCCUAUAAACAUUGUGAUUUUUUAUUUUUAUAAGGCUCGUUUAAUUAUAAGACUACACCAUAUUUGCAAAUGGACUUGGAACAUAGUGAUUUGUAAUAAAAAUCGAACAAGAGUGCUCAAUACAUAGGGAAAUGUUUCGUAUAUCAAUGGGAAUAUUUUCAAUAUUACUAUAUUUCCUAAUUGUUUUCGUUUUUGUAUUUACAAUGAUAAAAACAGUUUGUGGUGAUUAGAAUUGCAUUAUUUUAUUCUCAUACUUUAAAAUCUAAAUUUAUCACAAAAAUAAAUAUAUUGAAUUUUUGGUUGAAAACAAUCAGGAUAUGCAGUAAAGUCACUUAGAAAUUGGAAAUUUUUUCAUCAACAUUGAUUAAUACUGGUAAGUUAGUCUAUUUUCAUUGGUGAUUUGUAUAUUUUGCUUCCCAAUCUGUGAAUUAUUUAAUAUUAUAGAACAAACGCCAUACCAAAGGUAAAUUUUACAAAUGUAUGUAUAAAUAAAGCUAAUUUAUUAUUA